AUGGAUGCACCAUCCUCUUCUGCAUCAACAACCAUUCCGCCAUCACCUCCUCGUAGACAAAUCAACAUUGAGAAGGAUACGGAAUUGAUAGAAGAAAAAUCUCUACUUUCAUCCCAUGAUAUGUUAGAAAAAGAGCAUGAUGAUGGAAAUAUAGAGUAUAAAUGGAAAUUAGUUGGUCUUUCCGAAGAUAGAUUCAAACAUCUUGUUACUCAAAUGAAAUAUAGGCUAAGCGAAGGACAAGGAGAAGCAAUUUAUGAAAUAGGAAUUAAUGAUGAUGGUUAUCCUUUAGGAUUAUCGGAAGAAGAAUAUCGAGAAACGUUAUCCAACAUUGAAAAGAUGGCUGCGGAAUUGCAAGCCAACGUUUCGAUCAUUUGUGAAAAGCAAGUCACAAGUGAAAAAGAUCAAAAGAAGAGCAAGAAAGGAAGCAAUGAAAAGAAUGGAUCUUCGGGAGAUGCACAAACCGCAGAGAAGAGAUGGGUCGCAGAGGUAUUAGUAAGAAGAUUUGGAGAAGAAGAAUACUUGAAUGUUAAUAUUGUUGUUUGUGGAAAUGUUGACUCUGGUAAAUCUACGCUAAUUGGUGUAUUGACGAGAGGCCAACUCGACAACGGAAGAGGAUUGGCCCGUUCGAAUGUUUUCAUCCACAAACAUGAAUUGACGACUGGUAGAACGUCAAGCAUUAGCCAUCAAAUUAUGGGAUUUGACGCGAAGGGAGACAUUGUAAAUCAUAGCAAUCUUGACCAUCCAACUUGGAAGGACAUUAUUGAAAAAUCCUCUAAAGUCUGUACCUUUGUAGAUUUGGCUGGACAUGAAAAGUAUUUGAAAACGACUGUCUUCGGAAUGACUGCUGGCGCCCCUGAUUAUGCUGUUGUUUGUGUGGGAGCUAAUAUGGGAGUGACCAAAAUGACCAAAGAACACAUUGGCCUGUGCUUGGCUUUGAAAAUACCAAUGUUCUUUUGUGUGACAAAGGUUGAUAUUUGCCCGGAAAAUGUCUUAAAACAAACCGUCGAAACUAUUCAUAAGAUUCUCAAAUUACCUGGAGUUAGAAAAUUACCAUACCAUGUCAAGAAUGAGGAUGAUGUUGUGACAUGUGCUAAAAAUCUUGCAAGUGACAGAAUAUCCCCAAUUUUCUUUUUGAGUUCUGUGACUGGAGAAAACCUUAAUUUAUUGCACAAAUUUUUGAAUUUAUUACCGAUCAGAAAAGAUUGGGAAUCUCUGAUCGAUAAGCCAGCUCAAUAUAUCAUUGAUCAGACAUUCUUUGUUAGCGGUGUUGGAACCGUUGACAACAUGCAAGCUUUGCUCUCAAAAAAGAAAAAAAAAGAAAGACGUUCUGGAAUUAGAAAAGGAAUGGUUCUUGUUGAUGAGGAAGAUCCAAAAGCCUCAUGGGAAUUUGAAGCUGACAUUCUUGUAUUGUAUCAUAGCACAACUAUUAAGGAAAAUUAUCAACCUGUGGUUCAUUGCAAUUGCGUUCGACAAACUGCUAAGAUUAUCAAAAUGGAUGUUGAAUCUCUAAGAACAGGAGAAAAAGCUAAAGUUAAAUUCCGUUUCAUGUUCAGACCUGAAUAUUUGAGAGUGGGAGAACGACUAAUUUUCAGAGAAGGAACAACAAAAGGAUUAGGAGUAAUUUCUCAAGUGUUCAAAUAA